AGUGGAUGUAAUGUUUGAAAAUUUGCCAAUGGUAUCAGAUGACCAUGAUUGGAUGGAUGAACUUAUAACUAUGAUAGCAGGUGCAACUGACACAGUUGUUUCUGCUCUGUCUUUUCUGCUUCUCACAAUUGGACACUAUCCGGAAGUACAGGAAAGGAUGUUCAUGGAGAUUCAGGAAGUAAUGGGAGACCUGGACCGUGACGUUACCGCUGCCGACGUUAAAGCCAUGAAGUACCUGGACCAGGUCAUUCUAGAAAGCAUUAGGCUACACGGUAACGCUGUUUUAAUCAUGAGAAAAGCUACAAAUGAUACUAAAAUAGACAGUUGCACUCUGCCAGCUGGUAGUCGGGUGUUGAUAAUGCUCCACGCUUUGGGUUGGAACAAAAAACGGUUCCCAAAUCCUGAAACAGUUCCUGCCUGAACGGUUCUCUCCAGAACAGAAGAAACUGCGACAUAUCUACUCGUUUAUGCCAUUCAGCGCUGGUCCCCGGAACUGUAUAGGGAAGGCAUACGCGAUGGUGAUCCUGAAGACAGCCCUGGUCCAUAUCCUGAGACGCCUGCGAGUUAAAUCACACACAAAAUUGUCAGACAUAGAGUACGAGCUGAGGACGAUAAUGUUCAGCAAGACUCCGCUCCUGGUCACAUUCCAUCCGCGAUAGCGACUGUUGUAUUUUAAUCUCCUAUAGAGCAUACGAGUUGAAUAGGUUUAAUUAUUAGUAACCUUAGCAUGAACCGUCAUGAAUAUUUUUUGUGCGUAAAAACCAACUAUAAAAUAUAGUGGUUAAUGUUUGCUA